AUGCCGGUUUUCAGCCCAGCAGUAGCUUCCUCCUUCUUCUUCGCCAUUGCUUUUGUUUUGGUUCUUCGUUUUAUAGCCAAAACAUCUCUGUUGUACAUGGUGGUCAAGGGUUUUCAAUCAAUUACAGACUAUUUCCAUGUCUACCAAUACUACAGAAUUCCCCAAUUCGACGAGAAUCUACAACAGAAUCAACUCUACCUCCGUGUACAUGCCUACCUUAAUUCCUUACCUUCUCUGGAGGAUUCCAAUUUCACGAACCUAUUCUGUGGUGCAAAACCUAGCGAUAUUGUCCUCCGCCUCGACUCCGAUCAAACCGUCCACGAUUCCUUCCUCGGGGCGAAACUCCGAUGGAAACUCGAGAUGCAUAGCGAUCAUCAUCGGCAGAACAGCAGUUUUUCAUUCGUUCUAAAGCUGAGGAAGGACGAUAAACGAAGAGUAUUCCGUCAGUACUUCCAACACAUCCUCUCGAUCUCCGAUGAGAUUGAACAACAGAAGAGGGAAAUCAAGAUGUAUAUCACUGCGGACGGCUGCGCAAGACGUUGGAUGGCGGUGCCGUUUACACAUCCGGCGACAUUCGGUACAGUGGUGAUGGACAUCGAUUUGAAGAAUAAGGUAAAAUCCGACCUCGAACAGUUCCUGAAAUCAAAGCAAUAUUAUCACAGAUUAGGCCGUGUGUGGAGACGAAGUUUCUUACUCUACGGUCAGCCGGGGACGGGAAAAUCGAGCUUCGUGGCGGCUAUGGCGAAGUUUCUGCAGUACGACAUCUACAGCAUCGAUAUGUCGAAAAUCUCGAGCGACUCCGACAUGACGAUCCUGCUGCUUCAAACGACGCCGAAGUCGUUGAUUCUGGUGGAGGAUGUUGAUCGGCAUCUGAUGAAGAGAUCGACUGCGACGAGCGCGUCGGGUGUACUGAACUUCAUGGACGGCAUCGCAUCGUACUACGGUGAAGAGCGUGUGGUGGUGUUCACGAUGACGGACAAAAGUGGGAUCGAUCAAGCGGCGCUGAGGCCGGGACGGGUGGACGUGCACCUUCAUUUUCCGGCGUGUGACUUCUCGGCCUUCAAGACUUUAGCUAUAAGCCAUUUGGGGGUGAAGGAUCACAAGCUCUUCUCUCAGGUGGAGGAGGUUUUUCAGAGUGGAGCGAGCAUGAGCCCCGCUGAAAUUGGUGAGAUCAUGAUAGCUAAUCGGAGCUCGCCAUCUCGGGCUUUGAAAUCCAUCAUAACUGCUCUGCAAAUCUACGGCGGCGAUGGCGAGGGGAGGGACCGGAAUGGAUUGAAAUGGAGGGGCGGUGGAUCGGCGAUUCAUGAUGAGGAUGAGAUCGGAUCUAGACGCUUCUUUUUUAAAGAUAAUUCAAGUAUGGGAAAACUGUAUGGGCUUUUGAAAUUGGGACUGAGAAAAAAUGAAGAAUGUCUGGAUUCUCACUCUAUGGAGAAGAACUGAUUAUAAAAA